AUCUAAUUAACAUCGAUAUAUUAAUAUUAUAAUAAUAUUAGUAUUAUCUGCUGGACAAUAAUACUAAAUAUAACAGCAUUGAACAACGUUGAAUUUAUCAAUACUGGUGGUAUAACUGCAGUAGAAAUAAAAUGAGUUGUUGCAGGAAAUCAAGUUUCACGAAGAAAAAUGCGAGGAAGUCGAGAUCAAGUGCUUGUUGUUGUGAGAGUGAUGAUGAUUAUUCUGAUAGCACAGUAACCUCGACCUCCAGUUUCGACUCUAACUCAUCGUCAGAAACCUGCAAUUUCUUUUGUUGCAUUUGCAAAAAUCACUGCUGCCAUCCAAAGAAAUGUGAUUGGAAUGAUCAGAAGGUAUCGAAAAGACGAGCUGAUAAAGGAAGAUCAAAGAAACAUGAUAAACGAUCCGCUAAAUCGUCAUUCGAUCGCAAGCCUGUGAAGAAAGAAACUUCUGAACGUCGCAAAGAAUAUUCGUCAAAUGUAAAAUAUUCAUCAACAUCGAGCACGUGUUCGGACUCUGAUUGUAGUGAGGAGGAUUCGUACAGCAGCAGUGGAGAAUACUGUAGUUGUGCGUCGAAUAAACAAUCGAACAAACAUUCAAAGAAAUCGCGAAAGCAAAAAACCAGAGCGUAAUUCGAAUCGUCAUUUCAUUCGUUCGUUUCGCUAUCCAUGAAUCCGUCAUUCCUUUCGUUAUUCCAUAUUUUACCAUUUCUUGAUAAUAAAUCUACAAAAUAAUUUAUUUAUUAACCCAAUUGUUCUCCGAGAUUUUACGCGAGAUUUUUAUGCAUAUUAGUGAACAUAAGAUUUGUGUUUGUGUUUUGUUGUUUUACGAAUUGAUAUUUUACGAAUGUAACAGACUAAGGUUGAUAAGAUGAAGGUGUAAAAGUAUAUUUCUUUCAAAGAGAGAAUUAUAGAGUAUUGCAAGUCGUAAGAACAAUAAAA